CCUGCCCACCCGCCUCCACAUAGCAAAUGUCCCAUGUGACGGCGGGGUUCGAGACAUCCCACCACCAACGACCACACGUAUCUCUGAGACAGCUUCAACGUCGCCUUGCCCCUCCUUUUUGCCAUAUCAGUGACGGCAGCACAGGAGGUACCCUGUCAGCCUGUGUGGUGCGGUACAAUCCUGGCCCCAGUCCCACCCUCAUUGCCGAGACGGUAGGGCAAACAGGAUCCUGGCACGUCGGCGAGACGACCGGAGGCCGGCCAUACGCCCUGACGCCAUAUCAACACCGUCGGUUCCUUAUUGCAGGCGAGGCAGCGAGGCAAGACCUGGGUCUGGGCCUAUCUCUCAGCCCUCCAGCCCUCCAGCCCUCACAGGAUGCCAAAUUCCAGCAUCGAGCGGUACGCUGUCAUCGAGGCGGCCUCUCCGGUCUGACAGUGACAGUCAGGAUUUCAGAGCCUAUCUCGACCGUUGGACGGUAGACGGUAGACGGGAGCCAGUGACCCGGACCAUGUGGACUAUCGCCCGGCGGCAACUGGCUUACUGUGCUGCACUGUGCUGUGCCCAAUGCUGAUCGAUGUGCCGCCGCCUCGAUUCAGCCUCUGCUUGUGCCGGCAACGUGAUACCUGCCCACUUGCCUCUCUGGGAUUCCCGGCCUCUAUCGUCAUGCCCCGAGUGCUACCGGAGUGUUACCUUGGGUGGCCGUAGACUCUUGCCGCCAUGGUGGUUGAGCAAGCAGCUGGUUAUGUAUAGGCUUCCAUGCGCCCGCUCGUCACUUCUCCCUCCUUGUUCAUGGAGUCCCUUCACCACCCCAGACAGGCCUGCAGGCUCAGGAUAUACCGCCAAGCACGCAAUAUACCUAGAUACCCUCCCUUGCCUCCAUAGAUUGGAACAAUCACCUCGGGCCGUACAUCUUCGACCCUGAGAAUGCCCGCCCUCGUCACAGAACACCGCCAGCAUGGCAUCACCAAAUUUACGAACUGCCGCCUCCUCAAGGGCGACCGGCUGGUCAAUGAGGACCUUUGGGUCAGCUCGGUGACGGGCAAGAUCGUCGAGACCCAGCAGGCCUUCUACGACGACUUUGUCCUCCCCGAUCAGACCAUCGACCUGGCCGGCCGUAUCCUCUCUCCGGGCCUGAUCGACGUGCAGCUCAACGGCGCCUUCGGUCUCAACUUCUCAACCGUCGUGCCCGACAUGUCGCUGUACGGCAAGGCGGUGCGCGAUCUGAACCGGAGGCUGGUCCAGACCGGAGUCACCUCCUAUGUGCCCACCGUCACCACCCAGACGAGCGACCUGUACCGCAAGGUCCUGCCCCAUCUGGCUCCUUCGGGCGCCAAGCGCAUCGCUGACGACGGGGCCGAGUCGCUCGGCGCACACUGCGAGGGCCCCUUCCUGAACCCGGGCAAGAACGGCAUUCACAAUGUCGAGGUGAUGCGACAGGCACACACCUUCCAGGACCUCGAGGACAUGUACGGCCCCGAGAACAUCAACCCGGACGUGGCACAGGGGGCCCUGCCCAUAAGGAUGAUCACGGCGGCGCCAGAGCUGGGCGGCAUGACCCAGCUCAUAACGGAGCUGCAGUCCCGCGGCGUCAUCUUCUCCAUCGGCCACUCCGAGGCCACCUACGAGGAAGCCUCUGCUGCCGUCGCCAGCGGUGCCACCAUGAUCACCCACCUCUUCAACGCCAUGCGGCCGCUGCACCACCGGAACCCCGGCAUCUUUGGCGUCCUGGGCAUCGCCGAGAGCCUGCCGCGCCCCUACUUCGGCAUCAUCGCCGACGGCAUCCACCUGCACCCCACCACCAUCAAGAUCGCCCACAACGCCCACCCGGACGGCUUCAUCCUCGUCACUGAUGCCAUGCACAUGGUGGGACUACCGGAUGGGAGGUACAGGUGGACCAAUGGCGAGGGUGAGCAUCACAUCAUCAAGAAGGGCUACGUCCUCACACUCGAGGGGACGGACAGUAUAGCAGGGAGCUCCAUCACCCUCAUCGAAUGCGUGAACAACUUCCUCAAGUGGUCCGGCACCAGUAUCCCCAAUGCUCUGAGAGCGGCGACGUCCACUCCGGCCGAGAUGCUGGGCCUGGAGGGUGUCAAGGGCUCCCUGGAGCCUGGUGCUGACGCCGACCUCGUCAUCUUCUCCGAGGAAUUGGACGCCGACGGCGCCGUCCAGCUGGUCGCCGACGAGGUGUGGAAGUUUGGCAGCCGCGUCUUCCACAAGAGCGACCCCUUCUCGCCCGUCUACUCGCCUAUUGAAAGCUCUCCCAUUCCUUCCUCCCCAGAGCCCGAGUUCGCGCUCUGAUGUUCGUGCAUGGUGAGAACGGCGCCUGACGAUGGGGGUUAGUUAAAAAGGUUCGUUGUAUUUAUUGGUCUGCAUGGUCAGGCAUCUUUUUGUGAUUUGUGAAGAUGCGAUACUGUAACUCUGGUGUGUAUCAAAGAAAGCAAUCAGCCGGUGCCUGCGGGUGCGUCACAUAUCCAUAGAAUGGAACCGCAAGCAUGCCAUUGUAGACAAGAGUCUCAAGUCAAAAGAGGGCGGGGGAAUGGACAAGAAAGCAUCACUAGGAGUUCAAUACUUUUUUGUUUCUUUGCUCACAGGUUUUACGUGGCGUUUAGAUACGACUUUUAUAGGACAAAUUUUGAUUAAGCAA